UUGAAGCGUAAACAAAUCAAUGAAAAGUGCAAGUGACAGCAAAAUAAAAACAAUGUGAAAGUUUGGGAGUAAAAUUACUUAUUUUUUCGUGUUAUACCUCUAAAAAAAUGCCCUUUUGCGUGGUGGAAACGAAAGCCGGCGACGACCAGGACACGGUGCGCAUCGUUCCGUCUGGGUGGACCGUGGAUAACUUUGUUUACUGGCCACCGGCGGACGGGUAUCGGUUGUCAACAAACGAAAGCUUAGUUCCGGAUCGAAACCGGUGGCGCAAAUUGGAGUGUAAAAUAGUCUGCCGCGCGCCGACCUACGACGCGGCCCGAUCGGUGGGCCAAGCGUUUGGACUGGAUCUUAGCAAUGGGAACUUAGCUGAGGAUCGUAACUGGAAGGAGCCGGAGCUCAACGACCCUCUUCAGCAGUUGGCUAUGCCAACCGUCCGCGCAGGCAUCAAAUUCGAGCGCGAGUGCAUGCUGGACGACGUCCCGGUGGUACCCGCCGCCGGCGACCUACUUCUUGAUCCCGGCCAGGCGUCCAUCUUUAUCACCCGCGAAGAAUUCAACGCCCUCCAGACCCGUCUCGAUUCGAUCGAAGCAAAACUGGACCGCCAAAGCGUGCUUCUGGAGCGCGUCCUAACGCACGUAACCAGCAGCACCAUCGCUACGGAAAGAACCGGCGCCUUAUCCCUCCACCCUCGACAAGAACCGCCCCCGCUGCAGCUGGAGGACUUUACCGAGUUCGAACAGAUGGGCCGCAUCGGCACGGACGAGCAGCUGCGGGAACUCGAACGGAAGCUCGCCGACAAGGCCUACGAGGCAAAGUUCAUCCGCUACUGCCGGACCAUCUACCACCUCACCGGCAAGCGCGAAGGCUACCCCUUCUUCAAGACGCUGCUCCGCGAAAUGCUAAACCCGACGAUCCUGUCCACCUACUCGUGGAAGGGCAACAGCCGCAACGCGGUCAACGAGAGUUUCAGCGAAAGCUUUCCGAACUUUAUACGCUUCGUUUGGCGCGUCACGCUCGCGGCCGAUUAUCAGUUUACCAGCGAGGACAACGCGCGCUCGUUUAGCUCCUUCCUGCGCAUGAAAAAUACCGAAAUCAAGCGAUUUUCCGAUGUUGACCGGGCACGACGGGCGAGCUUCACCAGGAAGAAGCGCAGGAGAAAGAACAAUGACAGUGGCGGGCGCACGCCGGAAGCAAUGGACGCUGAGGAAGGGGGCCGGGAGCGGAAUUUGCCGCCCAACUCGGUUGAUUCCGGCGAGGAAGACGCGUUCGAGUUUGUGAGCAGCAACCGGGAGGCGGCGGAGUACUCGGAUGAGUAGCGGUGGAAGGAGUGGUCUCGAUUUGGUUGAAUGUAAGUUAUUUGAAUAAACCGUACAAACAUUUUAAAGAUAAAUUAUA